AUGGGCGUGUCGCCAGAGGCGAAAAAGCAUGAACAAGCAGCUGUUCAACUUGAAAACUAUCGGUUUCGCGACAUCAUCCAACAAGAGUUUCACGAUACAUACAGAAACCUCACAUACAAAUCAAUGAUGAUAUUGCACUGGGCAUCAAGAAACUGUCGUCAGGCUAGAUAUCUGCUGAAAGUAGACGACGAUAUGUUUAUAAACAUGCCUGGCCUCAUCAAAUUCCUCGAUAAUAAGUUAUCCACUGAUGGAUACUCUCCGGAUGCGAUAUUUUGCACAGUAUUUUACUCUUUCCAGCCAGUUAGAGACAAAGGAAAUGUAUGGUAUGUCAGUCCGGAGUUAUUCAACGAAUCCGUGUACCCAAAUUACUGUUCUGGAACAUCGUACCUGAUUCCGAUGGAAAUGGUUGCGCCAAUUUGGGAAAAAAUGAACAUAAGCGAAGUGAUGAUGAUAGAAGAUGUAUACGUCACGGGAAUCAUUCGUGAAAAACUAAACAUGACUCUGAUCAAUAUCGCGCACAACUUUUGUGGAAGCCGUCUCGUCUCCGGUUUUGGUCCUUACAGUAUACUUGGCGAUGCGUUUGAAAUUCAGUCGAUAAACCGUGUUCCGGUGAAGUACGAGAAAGGCGACCACAAAAAUCAACCCUACUUAGAUUCUUAUCUGGUGGUCGCAAAAGUCGAGUCAUUCGCUGAGCUAAGCGUCACCUUCGUGAACAUCACUGGCUGUCUUCUGUACGCGGAGAAGGUGUUGCUUGUCUUAAAAAACUUCUCGAGGGUAACAUUAUCCAAUUUGUCCAGUCAUGCAGGUUCCGACUGUAGCAACUACAGCGGCAGUUUUAACUUGAUCUACAGUCCGCCGUUCUACAUGGAAAAGAAGAUUCUUGUAAAGGCUAUAAAGCAGGUCCAGAUAAGGCUUACAUUUAAAAAAACGAACUAUUGGUGGUACGUAUCAGAAUUUUAUUUCCACAUUUCAACCAAGCCUUCUACUGAAGAGCAGAAGCAAAUCUUUGUCGACCGAACCGUACUCAUCAACGCUACGCAUCGUCGCGUUCAUAUGGAAGCACCCGAAAAAUUUGCGUACGCAUGCUGGCAGCCGAUGAAAAUCGUCAUAACCGCAGAUGACAACGAUGCGGCGAGGAAAAUGUUGUACGAAGUGGCAUUUGUAAAGUUAGAAAUCCAGCCCUUUGUUGGUGAAUCGAAAUCCGGCGGUUUUACGCACCAGGUUUCUGAUUGCGUUGGCUUCUUCACCAGCGGCAUAUGGAACUUUCUGGUGACCACAGGCACUUUGCUCACCAUUUUGUUGUUCGGUGUGUUGCUGAUCACCAGUUUGAAAACGAUGGACCGGUUCGACGACCCGAAAGGAAAGCCACUGGUCGUCAACGCCAAGGAAUGA